AUAUGAAAGAGAGAGAGAGAGAGAGAGAGAGAGAGAGAGAAAUGGAUGACAGACUUUGCCAAGCAUAUGCUCCAUACAUUCUACCGAUCAAAAUUUCCUGACUUUGAAAGCAUAUCAUCCAUUCGGCAACAAUCCAUGGCAGUUUCUCCACCUCAGAACCCAGAAAAUACUUUCCAAUCCCUUAUCCCAAUAAUCUUUUUUCUCCUCCUUCCCUUGUUUCUCUUCAUCAAUUUCAACUCCAUACCCAGUUCCUGCAAACACUUUCUUCCCCAUCAUCUUCUUCAAUGGAAAAGGAGCUCCCAGGGAGACGCAAUUCCAAUACUCAGCUCCUUGAAGAACUUGAUGCGCUAAGUCAAUCCCUCUACCAAUCCCACACCUCCACCCGAAGAACUGCUUCCCUUGCUCUUCCCCGGAGCUCGGUUCCUCCAAUAUCAUCUACUAUUGCCACUGCUACCACCAAAAAUGAGGACAGACCUGAGUCUAGGCCUCGUUCCAGGCGCAUGUCCUUGUCCCCAUGGCGAUCCCGGCCGAAGCUUGAUGAUGAAGAUCUACAGGACAGAGCUACUAUGCCAUCUGACCGGAAGCAACAGUUGAAGAAGUUUAUUGAUGAUAAACCGGCUUCAACAGAAAAGAAAGGAAUCUGGAAUUGGAAGCCAAUUCGUGCUCUUUCUCAUGUCGGGAUGCAUAAGUUAAGCUGUUUAUUCUCUGUUGAAGUAGUAACCGUUCAAGGUCUACCCACAUCUAUGAAUGGGCUUCGACUUUCUGUUCGUGUCAGGAAGAAAGAGACCAGAGAUGGGGCAGUGCAGACGAUGCCCGCUAGGGUCUUGCAGGGGGCAGCAGACUUCGAAGAGACUCUUUUUGUCAAGUGUCAUCUCUAUUGCAGUAGUAGUGGCACUGGAAAACAGGUAAAGUUUGAGCCACGGCCUUUCUUGAUUUAUGUCAUUGCUGUUGAUGCUGACGAGCUUGAUUUUGGAAGAAAUUCUGUGGAUUUGAGUCUCUUGGUUCAGGAAUCCAUAGAGAAGAGCUUCGGAGGAACGCGGGUUCGGCAAUGGGAUAUUAGUUUUGAUCUAUCGGGAAAGGCAAAGGGAGGAGAAUUAGUCCUGAAAUUAGGAUUCCAGAUUAUGGAGAAAGAUGGUGGAUUAGGAAUUUAUGGUCAAGCUGAGAGUCCGGGACCAGGUAGAGGUGCAGAUUCCACGUCUUCUUUUGGUCGUAAACAAUCAAAGUCUUCCUUCAGUAUUCCCAGCCCAAAAAUGUCUCGCAGAAUGGAACCCUUAACUCCUUCAAAGAUUAGUACAUCAAUGGACUUCCAGGCAAUGGAUGACUUGAAUCUUGACGAGCCUGAGCCUGCUUCUGCUCCUGCUCCUGCUCCUGCUCCUGCACCUGCUUCCUCGACUUCCUCCAUUCAAAAACCUGAAGAGAUGGAGCCAAACAUUGAGGACCUCGAUCUUCCAGAUUUUGAAGUUGUGGAUAAAGGAGUUGAGAUACAAGACAAAAAUGAGGCAGAAGAGGACAAAUCUGAAGACACAGCAGAUGAGAGAUCAGUUUCUAGUGAGGUGGUCAAGGAAGUUGUGAAUGAUCAAAUCCACCAAACGAGAUUAUCAGAGCUUGAUUCAAUCGCUCAGCAGAUCAAAGCUCUUGAAUCUAUGAUGGGUGAUGAAAAUCCAGUUAAAACAGAGGAUGAAACUGAAUCACAAAGAUUAGAGGCUGAUGAAGAAACUGUAACAAGAGAAUUUCUUCAGCUGCUUGAGGAUGAGGAGGCUAAUGAAUUCAAAUUUGGUCAACCUGACAUUCAUACUUUCAAACUGGAAGCUGCUGAAGAAGCUGACGCCGCUGAAUCCAAAGUUUUCCUGUCAGACCUUGGAAAGGGCUUAGGCUCCGUGGUCCAGACAAGAGAUGGAGGUUAUUUAGCUGCCAUGAAUCCUUUCAAUAAUGAGGUAACAAGAAAAGAAACUCCAAAACUUGCAAUGCAAAUCUCAAAACCAUUGAUUAUUUCAUCACACAAAUCCAUGAGUGGGUUUGAGAUCUUUCAGAGAAUGGCAGCUGUAGGAAUUGAAGAACUAAGCUCAGAAAUCUUAUCUUCAAUUCCAAUUGAUGAACUGAUAGGUAAAACAGCAGAACAGAUAGCUUUUGAAGGCAUUGCUUCAGCAAUCAUCCAUGGAAGGGACAAAGAAGGUGCUAGCUCAAGUGCAGCUCGUACCAUUGCAGCAGUAAAAUCCAUGACAACUGCAAUGAGUACAGGCAGGAAAGAGAGGAUCUCAAGUGGAAUUUGGAAUGUGAGUCAGCAACCAGUAUCGGUAGAUGAGAUUCUAGCUUUCUCAAUGCAAAAAAUGGAAUCUAUGGCAAUCGAAGCUUUAAAGAUACAGGCAGACAUGGCAGACAAAGAUGCACCUUUUGAUGUUUCUCCACUAGUUGAGAGGACAGAAAUAAUCAGGGGGAAAGAUCCAAGCCACCCCAUGGCCUCUGCUGUUCCACUUGAUGAUUGGUUGAGAAAUGGAGGUCUAACUACCUCCAAAGGUGAUCCUGGAAACCCAGAAACUCUCACACUAUUAGUGGUUGUCCAGCUAAGAGAUCCACUGAGGCGAUACGAGGCAGUAGGAGGACCAAUUAUCACACUGAUUCAGGCCGCACAUGUGGCUGCAACAGGGUCCAAAUAUGACGAGGAGAAGAGGUUCAAAGUGGUGAGUUUGCAUGUUGCAGGCUUGAAGGUGAGAGCAGGAGGGAAGCGGCCUCAACGGGAUGCUGAGAAGCCGCGACUGACUGCAAUGCAGUGGUUGGUUGCCUAUGGACUGGGUAAGGCAGGAAGGAAGGGCAAACAUAUCCAAGCAAAAGAACAGGAUUUACUCUGGAGCCUUUCUUCGCGCAUAAUGGCAGAUAUGUGGCUAAAGUCGAUGCGAAAUCCAGAUGUAAAAUUCCCCAAGCAACAAUAGGUGUAUCAUGUAUGGUCACUUUAACUAGCAGUAUAUUUCACUAUAAUACGUAAUCAUGUAAUAAGGAAAAUGUAUUUGUUCAAUUAAUAAGUUCUCCUUUCCAACAAGAUUGUACUAAUGAAAAUAAAGUAUAAUAUUUGGUGUCUAA